AUGGAAUUGAAACACAUUACUGGUAAUAAUGGUAAUGUGAACAGAACACGAAGACAAAAGAAGAUUAGUUGUUCUUGGUUGGAAUUUGGCAACAGCAUUGUGGAUGGUUUUGUUUUGUCCAGCGUCAGGAGUGAGGAGGCGUGUAAUGCACGUGUACAGGUUUUGCGACAAUUGCAUGGAAAUGCAUGUACUCUUUUGUCAGUGUAUCACUGA